GAAUGUCCACCAUUUACCUACGGGAUUGAUUACUGUCUCAAGAACUGUUCGUGUCUAGAAGAGAACACACUGUAUUGUAACACGACUUCUGGCCAGUGUGUUUGCAAGCGGGGUUGGAAGUCUACAAGGUGUGAUGGGGACGUCAAUGAAUGCGAUGACCCCAACAUCUGCCCAGAUUUAUAUGCUCACUGCAACAAUAAACCCGGGCACUUCUCGUGUGACUGU